CAUUUUUGUCCCCCAUGAAUGGCUUAUCUUUCUUAGAUUUUCGAUUUCCGUGUUAAACAAGUCUUUACUCUCUUCCCUUUCCUUCACCCACAGGCUAUCUCAAUUUCUCCCAUUUUCACUUUACUUCACUUCCAAUCUUCUCAAUUCUAAUAUCUAUCUAUUUGUUUCUGUAUUGGGUAUUCUAAAAAGAACUCAUUUUUACAUUCUUGGCUUUCUGGGUGUGUCUAGUUUUUUUUCUUUUUAAUUUUGAGGGCAAGAAAUGGAGCAAGAAGGGUCACUGGUGGUGGCGGCAGCGGCAGGGGCUGUAACGGUGGCGGCUCCGGCGCCGGCACCGACGUCUUUGGCGCCGGGGUUUAGGUUCCAUCCGACGGACGAGGAAUUAGUUAGGUACUAUCUGAGGCGAAAGGCAUGCGGGAAACCAUUCAGGUUUCAGGCUGUUACUGAAAUUGAUGUUUACAAAUCUGAACCUUGGGAGCUCGCAGAAUAUUCAUCGCUGAAGAGCAGAGAUCUAGAGUGGUACUUUUUCAGCCCUGUGGAUAAGAAGUAUGGUAACGGUUCUCGACUUAACCGAGCCACUGGCCUAGGCUACUGGAAAGCUACUGGGAAGGAUCGUUUUGUUCGUCAUAAGUCUCAGACCAUUGGAAUGAAGAAAACACUUGUUUUCCAUAGUGGUCGAGCUCCUGACGGCCAGAGAACAAAUUGGGUAAUGCAUGAGUACAGGCUUGCCGAUGAAGAAUUGGAGAAGGCUGGAAUCGUGCAGGAUUCCUUUGUGCUUUGUAGAAUCUUUCAAAAAAGUGGUUUAGGACCGCCAAAUGGUGACAGAUAUGCACCAUUCGUUGAGGAGGAAUGGGAUGAUGAUAUAGCCAUGAUUCCUGGAGGAGAGGCAGAGGAUGAUGUGGCAAAUGGUGAUGAAACACGAGUUGAGGGCAAUGACCCUGACCAGGAUGCUCUACGCAAGGCUCCUCGCUAUAUCGAAAACCUGAUUGAACCCCAAAGUCUUCCAUUUGUUUGCAAGAGGGAGAGCUCAGAAGAUGCUGAACUUCUCUCUUUAAGCCAAAGUAAGAGACCCAAGCAUGCUGAUCCAAGCUCCAGCCGUGCAAAUGGUUCUGAAGAUUCAACUAUUACUAGCCAGGAUCCACCAACUACGAUGAUGACGAAAACAAAUUGCUGCCCUACUCUCUUAGGAUUCCCCUUGUUAGAGUCUACUGAAACUAAGGAAGGCCAGCCGUCCAAUCCCCCUACUUUCGAUUCCUCCAAUCUUGAAAAAUCCGUGCCUCCAGGCUACUUGAAGUUUAUUAGUAAUUUAGAGAAUGGGAUCCUUAAUGUCUCUAUGGAGAGGGAGACACUGAAGAUUGAAGUGAUGAGAGCCCAAGCCAUGAUCAACCUUCUUCAAUCGCGUGUUGAUCUUUUGACGAAAGAAAACGAAGACAUGAGAAGAAUCGUUCGAGAGGAUUAGGCGACAGCAUUUUUUCAAUAUAUUUUAGUUUGUAGCUGUCAGCUGAGACCCUUAUAUCACAAUUCUGUAAUCUUAUACUAUCUUCAGGAAGAGGAACAUGGUAAAAUUGAGCUGUUUAUGGAACCUAUGUAACAUAUUGCUGUAACCUUGACCAAAUGUGCCAUUUAGCAAUCUGCAGAAUUUUUUUUUUA